UCACCACCUGCCAGAUGCGCGGAGAGGCCUUCUACUACUACUACCAGCAGAUCCUCGCCCGCUACAACCUGCAGCGUAUGGCCAACUACCUGCCCGAGCUCGAGGACUUCGACUGGGAAGAGACCAUCAAGACCGGCUACAACCCCGACCUGCUCUACCCCAACGGCGCCCAGUUCCCCGCCCGCCCCGCCCAGCAGGAGAUCUCCAGCAUCAAGUCCUACAACAUUGAGGACCUGAAGGCCAUCGAGCAGAGGAUCAAGGACGCCAUCGACUCCGGCUUCGUGCUCGGCAAGGACGGCAACAAGAUCCCCAUCACCCAGUACGUCAAGGGCAUCAACAUCAUCGGCAACAUCAUCGAGGGCAACCAGGACUCCGUCAACUCCCGCUACUACGGCUCUUACCAGACCAUGAUGCGCAACCUCUUCGCCCUCAUCAUGGACCCCACCAACGAGCACGGCGUCGCCCCCGGCGUUAUCGGCCACUACGAGACCGCUCUCCGCGACCCCGCCUUCUACAUCCUCCAGAAGUACAUCAACAACCUGUUCGCCCAGUACAAGGACAACCUUCCCUCCUACAAGCCCGAUGACCUGAUCUUCAACGGAGUCACCGUCCAGGAUGUCGCCGUCGACAAGCUCGUCACCUACUUUGACCUCUUCGACAUCGAUGUCAGCAACGCCGUCGACGUCGCUUCCAUGGACGAGCUCGAGAAGCUUAACUACAUCGCCAAGGCCAUGCGUCUCAACCACCAGCCCUUCAACUACAAGAUCAAGGUCUCCAGCAACCAGAAGACCAGCGCCGUCGUCCGCGUCUUCCUUGGACCCAGCACCGCCCUCACCCACUCCAACUUCUACGGCGAGCAGGCCUCUGACGUCUACUACGGACACGACACCGCCGACCUCGACAGGCUCAGGAACUACUUUGUCGAGCUCGACCGUUUCCCCGUUGAACUGAAGAACGGCGACAACCUGAUCAAGCGCAACUCCCGCGAGUUCACCACCACCGUCGGCGACAACGUCUCCUUCAAGUCCCUGCUCAAGAGCGCCGAGAGCGGCAACACCGUCCUCUCCAGCGUCGACCGUCAGUGCGGUUUCCCCGACCGUCUUGUUCUGCCCAUGGGCCACAAGGCCGGAGUCCCAUACGCCCUCUUCGUCAUGGUCACCCCCUACGGUGCCGACGAGCACGAGCACGCUGACUACUACCACUCCGAGAAGGUCAACUACCAGACCGGCGUCAAGGACAUCUACUCCUGCAACGGACUCAUGACCGUCCUCGACAACCGUCCCCUCGGCUUCCCCUUCGACCGCCAGAUCGAGAACUUCGGCCGCUUCUACAUGCCCAACAUGUACUUCAAGGACGUCGUCAUCUUCCACAAGGACUCCACCACCGACAACAACAACGUCCUCAUCAAGAAGAACGUCAACGACUUCGACAACGUUCUGUCCCAGCAGACCGCCCACAAGUACAUCCCCAGCCACAGGCUCAUGGACGAGGAAAUCGUCCGCGAGGACGAUGAUGUCCGCGCAUACCUGUAAGCUGUCACGUGUACAAAUGGUACAAAUGUCUAUAGCUCUGUGAGCACAAAACAUCGCAAAUAAAAUCUUGCAUUUGCUCGCAAACAA